AUGCUGGUGGUCCUGCUGACGGGGGCCUUGCUGGCACUGAGCUCAGCUCAGAGCUCAAGUGAAGAGACUAAGGAUCAAGAUGAGUACAUAUUUCUGAGACCAUUUCCUGGAGGACACCCACUUGGACCCUCUGCUAGCAGUGAAAGCCAAGAGGAAACGCCUCACCCAAGACCACCUCAUGGUGGAGGCAGCCACUCACAUUCUCACCGUCUACCUCCCCACCACCAGCACAAACCACCCCACGGUGAAGGCAACCAGACACAGCCUCGUCCUCCUCGCCCUGACCUAGGCAAUGAGACACAGCCUCGUCCUCCUCGCCCUGAGCAAGGUAACCAGACACAGCCUCGUCCUCCUCGCCCUGACUUAGGCAACCAGACACAGCCUCGUCCUCCCCGGCCAGACCAAGGUAACCAGACAGAGCCUCGUCCUCCUCGCCCUGAGCAAGGUAACCAGACACAGCCUCGUCCUCCCCGGCCAGACCAAGGUAACCAGACAGAGCCUCGUCCUCCUCGCCCUGAGCAAGGUAACCAGACACAGCCUCGUCCUCCCCGGCCAGACCAAGGUAACCAGACACAGCCUCGUCCUCCUCGCCCUGAGCAAGGUAACCAGACACAGCCUCGUCCUCCCCGGCCAGACCAAGGUAACCAGACACAGCCUCGUCCUCCUCGCCCUGACCAAGGAAAUCAGACACAGCCUCGUCCUCCUCGCCCUGACCAAGGUAACCAGACACAGCCUCGUCCUCCUCACCCUGACCAAGGAAAUCAGACACAGCCUCGUCCUCCUCGCCCUGACCAAGGAAAUCAGACACAACCUCGUCCUCCUCGCCCUGACCAAGGAAAUCAGACACAACCUCGUCCUCCUCGGCCAGAUCUAGGCAACCAGACACAGACCACCCCAGUAUCUGACUACUCCUUGUCCUGACUACUGACACAGACCACCGCAA